UCUUGGGUCACAUGGCUCAUUCUGCCUGGCCGGCCAGGAGACAGGAGCAGAGCACCAGCAUGGACUCCAGAGUCAGCAUGCUGAGGAUCCUCUUCCUCCUGGAUGUAGGAGGAGCUCAAGUGCUGGCAACGGGCAAGCCCCCUGGGCCUGAAAUCGAUUUCAAGUAUGCCCUCAUCGGGACCGCCGUGGGUGUCGCCAUAACUGCCGGCUUCCUGGCCCUGAAGAUCUGCAUGAUCAGAAGGCACUUGUUUGACGACGACUCUUCCGACCUGAGAAGCCCGCCUGGGGGCCUCAGUGGCGAAACCACAAUUUCUCCAAAAGACACUUAUGCUGCCCUUCCCUUCCAUCAGAACUGGUACACCAAGUAUGGAGAAGUCUCGCCAUUUGUAACAGCUUGUAGUUCAGACGUGAAGGCAUUAUUUUCCAGUUCCAUUCUCACAGUCUGCCCACCUUAUUCCUUGUAGCAUUUGCCCAGGUCUGUGCAAAUUCAUCAACUACAGAAAGUGACGUGUUCCCCAAAAUAUGCCUAUUCACCUCAAGGAAUGACUUCUCUUUUUGUCAUCAAAGUGGAUGAGGUUUUGUUUGCCUCGGGUUUGGCAGGCAGAAAACAACUUCCAGGUUGAGCUCUCCCCUUUACCCAGAAGCCACAGGCCUUCAUGUUCUUUUCUGUGUUGCACAAGGAAGUGUCCCACCUUGCAGGUUUUGCUGAUGAGCUCUUUUAUACCUGUUUAAUUGUGUGAGUUGCAUAAACACAUGCAAUAAUUAGAGUAUAGUUGUUCUGUCAAUAAGCCUUCCAGACGGUUCUCUUCCUUUCCAGAGAUGCACAGGUGAUUGAGCUGUAGGUGAGCAGCCGUGAGAAGAGGGGUCCAGCCCUGUGGACAAGGGCCUACAGUUACCAUCUCAGGAUGUUCUGCGUUUGAACGCCCAAGUAAUGGUAAUAGACUUUCACAUGGACUGAAUAUUGGAGGAAAAUAAUAGAAGGAAUAGAAUCUACAGUGCCUUUGUCCUGAAGGAAAAUAUCACUCCUCUUCUGCAAGAAGUGGACUACACAAAGGGAGGCUUGAGCACUUUAGCCUGCAGUAGGAAAAGAUGGACACCUCAAACUUCACCCUGUGUUGGAGCUGUUCAUGCUUCUGCAAGGGCAUGGUGUCCAUGUUCAUGGAACCUACCACAGAUAAUGGCUCAUGAAAAAGGGAAUGGGACCCAACAUAUAGCUUCCUACACACUGCCAUCUUAUUAACAGUUAGGCAGUACUUUGUUGAAUGAUUAGCUUCACCUUCUUAGCUGCCAGGAGAUCCCUUCUUAAAGAUUCGGGAGCCCUGAAACAUGGGGUCCCUGGGACAGUCUCCAUCCCUAUCGAUGAAUACUGGCCUCCUGGAGCAGAAAUGGCAGGCUGGGUUAGCACUGGAGGAAGGCCUUUGGUGUUCAUGGGAUGGGCCUGCUGCUCUCAGACAUUCAAAGGAUGGAGCUAAGGAAGGACCAAAUGAGAAAGCAGAUGCCGUGCCUUGUAGAGGGCCAUGAAUGUAAGUUAUAGUUGUUCUCCUUAUAUAAUUAUUUUGUGGUUAUUAUUAGAAAGUGCAUGGCUGGUGCAUAAAAGACAUGACUGGUGGAGGCUCAGGAAAGCCAUGUCAUUCUAAAAUUGCCACCAGGUUAAGGCCCCAUGAGCAUUUCUCUCCUUUGUAUAUUAACCCUGUGUUUCGGGGGCCACAUCAUGGAAUAUUCUUUGCCUUUCCAGUUUCCAGGAACUCUGUUGGAUUGGGCUGCCCUCCUUAUGUGUGAUGAAAGAUGAGCUAUAUUUCAGAACAAAGUGCUGUGUUGUCAUAAUUUGCCUGGACUCCCAGGGCAUCUCUUAUCUGACUUGAUAACGAUGCUGUUCAUUAGCAGCCUUUGUUAACUGAUAACCAAGAGUGGUAAUGUGAUACUCAUAAGCAAUUUUCUGUGUGUAAGAUAAAAUGAACCAUCUUGUAUGUAAUCUGCUAAUUGAUUUGCUUCCUUUAGCAGCAUUUUAAUUAAGACAUCUGGUUUGUGAAUGGCAGAAACACUUGUGACUGAAGGUGAAUGCUCCUGGACUCCCAGCCAUCGUUUUACCUUCUGUACACACAGCAAAACCAUGGUGUUCUCUCCCGGACCCCACCUCAUGACAUAUUUUCCCAACACCACCACUGGACUCUGGUUUUGUUUUAGCCCCACACAAGGUUUCCCAGGUGAAGAACAGAGAGGCUUAUGCUGAAGGCCAGUAUCCUCUCCUUGGGUCAUACAGGCUGAUAAUAUCUGGGAGGCAGAUGGGGAAGGGGCCCUGACGUUGAGGUCUCUCUGACUUACUCUCCAUACCCAAGCUCAAUGGCUGCCUUCUGGAUGUCCUUCUAGGCCUAUUAGAAGCUCUCUGAAGCCCCCCUUGACAGCUCCUCUCCAUAAGAGCAGCUCCUGGGGACACAGGGUCCAAUGGGCAGUAGCUCUUGGAAGUGACUGAAAGGAGUCCUAACAAGCCAUUGGGUCUGCGGGCGCAGCUUCUUGAGUCAGGGCCAUUCCAGCAUGACUGCCUCACCCUGUAGUUUGACAAUAUGCUAGGAGAGGCCAGAGGCUGGACUAAGACCCAUCCUCCCAGCCUUCUAAGUUCUGGGACCCCAGGACACAUACAGCUUCCCCCACCACAGCCCACAACAGCAUGGAGAAUACCAUGCCCGAAGGGAAGGGGACAAACACCAGGAGGAAGAGCCAUCCUGCAGGGGUGAAGCAGGUCACAGAUGGCUGCAGCCAGCCAGGAUCUAAUGAAGUGGCUGUGGUUUGAAGCCUCCAGGACUCAGUACGGGAAGGAGGGGAAGGUGAGAUGAGAAAGGGUUAUCUGGCAAGGCCAAUAAAUUAAAAAUCAUCUGUAGAAGUAUCAAUCUAUAUAUCUGUACAUUUAAAGUGUAUUUACCUCAAAUCUAUACAAAUUAAUACAUAAACAUGUAUAUG